GCUUUUAGCUCACCCGGCAAACAACCCGGCUUGAUUGAUGACAGCGAGCGAACUGCUUUUUUUGAUCUGGCAAAUUAUUUUUUAAAUUUUAAUAUUUACAAGUUGUAAACUACAAUUUUUAUAUCGAACAAUUAAACUUAACAAACUAGUAGCACUAGCAGUCGUAGUUUUGAUAAUAUUGUGUCAUUUGACAAACACUGGGACAAAAUGCAAGGCUCGAUCCUCAUUUUAGAAAAACAACCUAACAUUCCCUACGACUGUGCUGCAACGCUUCUCUACGCAAACUUGAGUUAUAAGAUUAUUAUUAGAGGAACAGUUUCAGAGGAUCCGGCUCAAUUCGCCAUCGAUAUCAGGGAUGACCAAGGGGCCAUUCUUCUUCACGUUAAUCCUCGUUGGACUGAACGUAGAAUCAUUAUGAAUGCGUGCAGCCCCAUCAGGGGAGGGAUUGGAGGGUGGGGUCUCCAAGAGUAUGCUCCCAUGAACAUGCGCCGAUCGGAACCAUUCGAAAUAACAAUAAAGGAUAAGGAUGACUAUUUUUGGAUUGUUGUGAACAAUGAGAUUGAAGUCUCCUUCAAGAAACGGCUCGUUCCCCUCAGCGCUCGUCGUCACAUCAGUGUCAAUAAAGUCGACCGUGAUGACAUCACUUUGAAUUUCGUUCAGAUGGACGAAUUCCCAAAGUAGAUGACUAGAUCGCCUUCCGAACUUACUUAGACUUUUAUUCUUGACGGAUAAUGUGAUUCCUUUGGUAAAAGAUAAUGGAUAAUAGUUCAAUUCUGUAUAAACUAUAUGGACUCGUAAAGGUUCCUCAACUUUUCAAUGUUAGUUAAUUUAUUCAAGAGGACGCAAUUAAAAGUACAAUGACUUAUUUUUACACGAGAAGUGGAUUUUUACAUGUUAAUAAAAAAAUGUUAGUUAUGA